GACCGGCUUCUCAGAGCUCAGACACAAUGAACCGUCAGACGGUGAGAGGCACGCAUGUUGGGCUGAAGGCAUUGGCACACUUUUAGCACAUUAUUAUUGUAAAUUGUGCCUUUUCUUUGACUUACAAAGUCAUUUCCUAACUACACUGUAUGGAGGUUACAAGGCUCAGCUGGAAACGGUUGCUUCGUCGAGUUUGACGAAAACGAGGUCCGGAUCAGACAACAACCAUUAGCCCCUCCUGGUGGAUUUUUUUCUCUCGUUAUAUAUAUAUUUUUUCUACGCACACAAACAGGACAGAUAACAAUGUCGUUGACUGCCUCGUCUGAUUAUUUCGCUGCUGAGUGUCUGGUGUCGAUAUCCAGCGGUCCCGUGCUACACAGACCCACCCCGGUCGCCCCCGCCAGCCAGUCGGCCACGGUGGGCCUGCUCCCCGGGGAGCCCGACGGGUCUAAUGAGGACAUGGAAGUGCGGGAGACGCUGAGGCUGGAGGGGGCGAACAUGAUGGCGGUGGCCGGUAUCCUAACCGACCUUCAUGGUAAGUUCCGCCCAAUGUCGGCUUACUCGGAGAGCAGCAACUCCUCGUGUGGAGGGGAGAGCGGCUACACCACGUUGUCCGACCCAACUACCCCAACCAUGACCCCCUCUGCCACCCCAGUGCCCGGACAGCAGCUGAGGGGGGGAGGAGGAGGCGUGGGGGCCCCGCGCUCCCCGGUGAAGCGACAUCAGUGCACUUUUGACGGAUGCGACAGAGUUUACGGGAAAUCCUCCCACCUGAAGGCACACAUCCGGACACACACAGGUGAGAGGCCCUUCCCGUGCACCUGGCCUGACUGUGAGAAGAAGUUUGCCCGCUCAGAUGAGCUUGCCCGCCACACUCGCACCCACACAGGGGAGAAACGCUUCCUGUGCCCACUAUGCGAUAAGCGCUUCAUGCGCAGCGACCACCUGAUCAAGCACGCCCGUCGUCAUCCCGACUUCCAGCCCUCCAUGUUGGGGCGCAACAAGGGCUCUUCUUCUAGCCUCGCCAUGCACCAUUAGGAUGGUCUGUGAUGGGGGUUUCCUGACAGGGACACAGAAAGUCACAGUGGCUUCAAGUUAACCAGCUACAAUCAGAUCCACUGAUCAGUGUUUAGCAUAGUUUUGCUGAACAAAAAAAUUGUGCACAUAACACACAUACACACCUAAAACACACACGGAGUUGGACGUGAAGGAAAUGUAGCCUCAUCUCUCCAUCCUCAUGGAUGAGUCGUGACCACUAUUCACCUGCUCAUCAAAACUAGGGUUGGGUAUUGAGAACGUUCUUAAGAGAACUGGUGAUUUUCUAAGAAAUGUGCUUUGUGAUUCACAAAUCAUUUCCCGAAAGCAAGUUUUGGACCUACUGCACUCCAUUUACAAUGUUGUAUACAUGUGUAUAAGAGCACGUGUAUAAUGUUUACAAUGGAGGACGAGCUAGCUUUCAAACAUUCUGAAGACGGUAAUGAUGCAGUGAAAUGCUGCACGACACAUGAAAGCAACAGAAACAUCCCGUCAUAAUAUUUCGACACAUUCAUUUCAAAAUGGCUCAAGUAUGCAGUGUUUUUGAAGCCCUGUCUGCCGAUGAACUGGUAAAACCUUUUUAUAGAUCAGAAACACUGACGGGCAUGACUUUGAGCCAUUUAAUUAAAUACAGGACAAGUUAAGGUACUACAUCACAUUGAUGCAAAAACUCCGUAAAGCCAUUUCUGCCAUAAAGCAGUCCAUUAAUAAGACAAAAUGAUAAGGCUUCUGUUUCACUGACGGUAAAGAAAAAAACAUGUUUACCAACAAAACAGGACACAGAGAAUAUUUAUGUACAUAAAGUUUACUUUUAUGAAGCAAAAACAUCCCAACAAGUUUGUAAUUUAUUACAUGUAUAUGGCAGCCUAAACCUCAUGAGAAUAAAUGUGUUCUUCAUACUUUGUUUUCUUUUCUCACUCAGGAUACGAUUUGAUUUGGAAUCAUAAAGCAUAUUUGAUCUAUAAAAAGCAGCCCAACCCUAAAAAAAAACCUCACUUUCUCCAACGGAAAAACAUUCACAAAAUGCAGGGAUUUUUCACAUUAUCUGUAAUAGUCUGCACAUUUAUCAUCAGCCAAAACCCCUCUGUUUUCUAGUUGCUCAUUUGUAGAUUGUUGUUGUGCUCUUCAGUACCAUUUCUUUAAAUGAGUAGCACAAUGUUGUGAUGUUUGGUAGCGAGGCAGUGACUAGAAGUCUUUUAGCUUUUCUUUAUUAUUGAGCUUUGCUGAUUCCAUUUAGAAGUUUUAGUGGUGACACAUUCCUUUAUUUUUAUUGCAUUAGUAACCAUCAGUGACGCAAUUUGUUCAUAUUUUUUCUUGUGUAUUGCAUUUAACUGUAGAUCAAAUAUACAUUUUGCCAGAAAGUGGCUCAAACUUUACUGUAGAAGAGCUGUUUGCACAGCAUCCUUACGUCUAGAUCAGUUAUCAAUCCAUGAAAUGCUGAAACAUAAUACACAGUAGUAUUAUGUCUAAUACUGAUGUAAAUGUAUAUAAGCUUUAAGCUUUUAACAUAGAAAAAUGGCAAUGCUACUAGCAGGAGAAUUAAUACAUGUGAUGAAUUGUAGUCCUUAUAUUAGGGGAUAAAAGUAUACGCUUGAUAGGAUGGCAUUGCCUGUGAGUGUUGGUGUGUAUGUGCUUUUAUUUACUUAUUUUUUAGCAACAGAUUUUGAGAAAGUGUGUCUGAUGGUAUCAAAAUAUUUUGGGAAAAGAAGACAUAAGUUAAUAUUGACUUUCAGCCGGCUGCCUUCAAAAUAAAAUAAUUCAUUCCACUUUUCAGGAGAGCAGGACGCAUACAAUGAUCAGGGGAUUCAGUCACAGAUAAAACAGGUUCAAGUCUUGUGUAGGAAAUAACAUUGCUAUAAAAAUCAUCAAGGAAAUAAGUUAAACUAACACCAGUAGACCUCUUGGUGUGGACAUUUGGAAAAGCACAGGUGAAACCUAAAUAAAAAAAAAACUGGACUCAAUUGUAUUCAGGUGUUAAAUGAAACCAGCAGCAUGAACAAUUGAAGUUCACACUCAAAGAGGCUACAGUCAUUAUAAAUGCUAAACUAUGAAUGCACUGUGAUGACGACAGGAUAAUAUGUUGGGGAAAUAAGUGACUUUUUCAACGUAUUAAUUUAGAAAAGAUAGCACCAACGUGUUUAACAUCAACCAAAAAAGUUCAACAAUGCUCAUGUUUUACACGAAUACGACUCCAAAAAGAAUUCCUUCAGAUAUUUAAACUGCAUUAGACUACACACAGUGUCUGCGUCUUAUCGUAAAGAGCUUGAUUUGUUUGUUUGUUUGUUUGUCUUCCUCUGUUUCCACACUGUUGUUGUCCAGCUCACGGACGUGUUCCUUUAUCUCAGAGAACAACACUUCUUCAGGAAAAUCUGAAAGCCUUAAAACUAUGUCAUAACUACUUCGCACCAUGUUUACAGUUGGAUCAUUGUAUAGGUAUAUAUGCCCUCCUGUGGGCCCAUUACAGCUACUCAUUAUGCAAUAUGGCACUUUUUUCUUACAGUUGUGUUUGGCUGAAUAGUGUAACGGCUUGCACUGUUACUAUGCUUCUAUGAGCGAGCACCGUGGAACUUAGUGUGUUGAUAACCAAUGGUUUGUAAAACUGCCUUUUUUUGUCCAAGUGCUUUAGAGAGCGUGAUGAAAAGAACUGGGUAGUUGUUUUUGUUUUUUGUUAGUGUUUGCUUAGUCAUCCAGGCCGUCUCUGAUUGAGGGAUUUGUGUUUUUUUUGUUUGUUUUCUUAAAGGAAAAAUGUUCCAUUUGUGUUUGCCGAUGAGGUGACUUUUUUCCUCCACACUAGAAUCAAGGAGAAAGACUUCAUCACUCAUUUGUCACACCAUCCACAAUAACUACUUCACUGUUGAUCUCAUUCUAAUGGGAGCUGCAAUCUUUACAGAUUUGUAUCCAUACCUUCACCAGAGGUUUGAUCUGUUUACGGUUUUGGGUUGCUGCUGGCAGUAACCUUGAACUCUUGGACUGUUUCACAAAAGGGACACACGCUUGUUUUCUACGUCUCCAAAUGGACAUAUACCGCCUCCCGUCUCCUCUCACAGACGGGGGCGUCUUCUCACACAGACUCCGUGCUGGGUCUCAAAGCUAUAAUAUCACAAUAAGAACAUACCUCACUCAUUUUGUUUGUGGUGUCUGUACAGAAUCCAUCCAUCCUGUCUUUCAGAAACUCCUACAAAGCCACUGAGCCUUGGAUUUCAGAAAUGUGUUUUUAUCACCUAGAUGGUCUGUUGUGUAUCCUUAUCUUCCUCAUGUCUGUAUAUGCAAGAUCACUACUACCUGUGUAGCAGCAGAACUUACUUCUACCUGCCUCGGUGAUUUCUGUUGUUAAUAGACAGUAGCGAAAAAAUGUAUCAGCCUCUGUCUUUAAGGCCCACCAGGAGUUUUAGGCACCAAGGGAAAGACUCCCUGCAGGCUCAGGCAGAGGCGUAAAAGUGGGUAUUAGAGUGUAAAAAAUGAAAUACCUGUAGACUGUCACUUCACUGCAGAUUUCAAUUAAGAGCUCAGUCCAAAUCUAUCUGUUCAUAUCACUGAAUGUGGCUUGAUGUCAGACGAGCGUUAUCCACUUUGGAUGAAAUCUUUCGCUGCCUCACUGAGAAAUAAAAAGAAAAAAUACUGCAAGGAUUUCUCGUGUCACCACACUAAUUCAGAUAUGCACAUUGUACAGAAAUGGAUGUUUUUUUUAAAUUGAUGCCUAAUUUUUACAUUAAUGUAAUUUUUAAAAACCCCUCUUAGCUUUAGUUGAGGUAAAGAGGAGGAACUGUGGAACUAAAUACUUGCUGCAACAAGCUGUUUUGAUAUUUAUAUUCUCAGGUGUCUUCAAUUUUUGAGCAUUGGAGUUCAAUAUUUCCUGUUCAACACCUAAGUAAAGCAUGUUUUUAUUUCAUUUUGUUACGCUGAUUAAUUUAUUCCAAAAGAAUUAUCAUUUGUGUGGUUUAAUUAUUCUUUCAUAACUCAUUUUUUUGAUAUGGAACAGUACUAAUAUGAAAUGUUUCCAUUGUUUGCUUGACAUGAGAAUACCAUUGCUUUUUUAAAGAAUAAAGUCCUUAAGUUGA